ACAAAAAAAGCUUAGCUGUAUCGGUAUUAUAUUAAUAAAGGAAAGCAGCAGUUAAAUUUCUGAGUUUGCGUUUGUCAUUAAUAUUAUUUAUUUCUUCAAGAUUCCCACACUUGUUUUCUCUUUUCUUAUAGAGCUCCACCACUCCCUGGUUAUCAUUGAGAAGAAGAAAAUGAGAGAUGGGUUUCACAGAGAAGCAAGAAGGGUUGGUGAAAGAAUCAUGGGGGGUUUUGAAGCAAGAUAUUCCUCACUUCAGCUUGCGUUUCUUUUCACUGAUAUUGGAGAUAGCACCAGGUGCGAAGAACAUGUUCAGUUUCUUGAGGGAGUCAGAGGAGAUUCCUCAAAAUAAUCCGAAGCUCAAAGCUCAUGCUGUCAAGGUUUUCAAGAUGACAUGUGAGUCAGCCAUACAACUGAGAGAGAAAGGGGAAGUGGUAGUGGCUGAUACUACUUUGAAGUAUUUGGGCACUGUCCAUGUCAAGAGUGGUGUCAAAGACCCCCAUUUCGAGGUGGUGAAAGAGGCACUCUUAAGGACAAUUGAAGAAGCAAUUGGAGAAGAGAAAUGGAAUGAAGAGAUGAAGAAUGCUUGGGGUGAAGCUUAUGAUCAAUUGGCUGAAGCUAUUAAGGCUGAGAUGAAGAACCACCAUGAUGAAACUGCUUAAUUACCCUUUUACUUCCUUCAAUUUUAAUGUUGUUUGCCAAUAUUUUCACAAUUUUAAUGAAUAAAUUUUAGUAAUAAAGACUAUUUUGUUUUUCUAUCA